UCGCCUUCUGAUCAACUUCGGCAUCUCCCCUCUCUUUCCUCACGACGAAAAGGUCUCCUAGAUCCCGGCUGAUUCUUUUCCUUUGAGAUGCUUAACUGUUCUAACACUCGCCCUCUCUCCACCCUCUUUUAACUUCAGACCGUUAAGCUUGAGCGAACUGAACUGAGGUUGGAAUUUAAAAUAAAGCGGAAAACCCAAAGGGAUACGACGCUCGUCUUUGGAUAAGGACCGCUAUCGCUUUCCCCCUUGUUGCACUUUGGGGAAGAUUCUUCCCAUUUCAGUUGCUCGUCGUUAAUCCAGGUGGCCUUGCUUUGAGUGAACAGGAGGAUUAUUUAGCGUGAUUUGGUGAAGAGAGAGAGAUCCCAGAAGGUUACUUUCAUGUUCUCCAUCCAGGACAGCCUCCCGCGGGGAGCCUUGACCAUGAAAGAGGAACCGCUCACGAGUGGCAUGACACCGGUCCGCUCAUGGAUGCAGAGCGCGGGGAUAUUGGACGCGAACACAGCAGCACAAAGCGGUGUAGGUCUGGCCCGGGCUCACUAUGAAAAACAGCCCCCCUCAAACCUGCGUAAAUCCAACUUCUUCCACUUUGUGUUGGCGCUGUACGACCGACAGGGCCAGCCCGUGGAGAUCGAGAGGACCUCCUACAUAGACUUUGUGGAGAAAGACAAAGAGUACAAUGGAGAGAAGACCAACAACGGCAUCCAUUACAGGCUACAGCUCCUUUACAGUAACGGCAUCAGGACAGAACAAGAUCUGUUUGUACGGUUGAUAGACUCCAUGACCAAAGUGGCGAUCCUCUACGAGGGCCAAGACAAAAACCCAGAGAUGUGCCGCGUCCUUCUCACCCACGAGAUCAUGUGCAGUCGUUGUUGUGACAAGAAGAGCUGUGGAAACCGCAAUGAGACGCCCUCUGACCCGGUCAUCAUUGACAGAUUCUUCCUGAAGUUCUUCCUCAAAUGCAACCAGAAUUGUUUGAAAAAUGCAGGGAACCCACGAGACAUGAGACGGUUUCAGGUGGUGGUCUCCACUACGGUGAACGUGGAUGGCCAUGUCCUGGCUGUCUCUGACAACAUGUUUGUCCACAACAACUCCAAACAUGGCCGGAGGGCUCGACGCCUGGACCCCUCUGAAGCUACGCCCUGCAUCAAAGCCAUCAGCCCGAGUGAGGGGUGGACGACCGGGGGAGCCACUGUCAUCAUUAUCGGAGACAACUUCUUUGAUGGACUGCAGGUGGUCUUCGGCACUAUGCUGGUCUGGAGUGAGCUAAUUACCCCCCACGCCAUCCGGGUCCAGACGCCCCCUCGCCACAUCCCAGGGGUCGUGGAGGUCACACUCUCCUACAAAUCCAAGCAGUUCUGCAAAGGGGCGCCAGGGCGGUUUGUCUACACUGCCUUGAAUGAGCCUACCAUCGACUACGGCUUCCAGAGGCUACAGAAAGUCAUCCCCAGACACCCAGGAGAUCCCGAGAGGUUACCUAAGGAAGUGCUGUUAAAGAGAUCAGCAGACUUAGUAGAGGCCCUGUAUGGAAUGCCCCACAAUAAUCAGGAGAUCAUCCUGAAGCGGGCAGCGGACUUGACCGAGGCCCUGUACAGUGUCCCCCGCAGCCACAACCAGCUGCCCUCGCUCAGCGGCUCGGCAGCUCACUCCGGCAUGAUGGGAGUCAACUCCUUCAGCAGCCAGCUGGCAGUCAACAUCUCUGAGGCCUCGCAGGGGGACCAGGGUUACUCCCGUAACUCCAACAGUGUAUCGCCCCGUGGCUACGUCCCCAGCUCCACGCCCCAGCAGUCCAACUACAACACCAUCACGUCCACCAUGAAUGGCUACGGAGCGGGCAUGACCAACCUGGGGGUGCCAGGCUCACCCAGCUUCCUCAACGGCUCUGCCGCCAACUCCCCCUACGCAAUGACUGAUUUAGAUCUGGGGCGCCAAGUGUGUGGACUCACAGACUAA